AUGAGGGUGUCGGAGAAGUGCGAUGUGUACAGUUUUGGAGUGGUGGCGCUGGAAGUGAUUAGAGGGAGCCAUCUAGGGGAACUUGUGUUGUCAUUGGCAUCUUCUACGGAGGAGGAGGAGGAGGCCGGGGCGGCGGUGGUGUCGUUGGAUGAUCUGCUAGACCGGCGGCUCGCACGGCCUGUGCCUGGAUUCCGGCAAGAGCUAGAGAACGUUGUGAGGAUUGCAGCGCUGUGUUUGAAUGUUGAUCCACAGUUUAGGCCGGAGAUGAGGUUGGUUUAUGAGAUGUUAUCCAAGGGACAUAAAAGAAAGGUGACAAGGGGUAUGCAGUAG